AUGCAUUGGAACGCUAUGCCCAGAACGGCCCCACAAGGCCUGCCCUCGCCGGUUGCAUUCAUGAAGACGUCAAGAGCAUUCCGUGAAACGUAUGCCACGCGAGGCCGCCAUGGAAAUAGUCUUCACGAGGCCUCAGGCCUCAGAUAUACGUUCGGUUUAUAUAAGACCGAGAGGACGUUCAGGUACACCAUCGUUGACAUAAUGCCAAUUGAAUUUUCGGGGAUAAGUAACGGUUCUUUUGCACAGGAUCAGCACAUGGUUAGAAAGACAGCCCUCGCCCUUUCAUACAUAAGUACUGCCAUGGACGCCAGAGUUUUCAAGUGUUCCACCGCCAACGUCUCCAAGAUUAUAAUGCCUGUGGGCACAAGCGAUGAAAAGGACCUGGAGGCUCAGAUGCCGCUUCUGGAUUACGGAGUCAUCGUAGAACCUUUGCGGCAGUCGGACGUAUGGAACGCCGCGAAGUCAUGGUACGACGCAUUCUUAGACGAUCCUAUGAUUGGAUAUCUUAACGAUGAUCAAAAAGGCAACCCAACGGCUCACAAGGUGUCUACGACCUUGAUAAUGUCGGCAUGGAUUCGGACAAAGGUUGUCCUAACUGUCGAUGGGGGCACGUCGGUGAUUGUUGCAACGCCGGCCAAAAAAGGACCCACAAAUCCCGCACACACGAUCAUUGAUACCCUGCUGAAGUGGUUCUUCUCUUCUCUGCUGGUUGUGAAGAGCCCCGAACAGCGUAAGAGGUACGCAGAGGCCCGAACGAAGCUAGACAAAGUCAUUGCGAAGACCAUCGGAGACUGGGUCAAAGACAUGAUUUUUAUUAACUUGUUGUGUACAGCGCUCCCGAGCCAACACCGAGGCUAUGCCAGCGCACUCCUCACCACGAUCACCGGCCUAGCGGAUUCGUUGGGGCAGGCCGCUUGGCUCGAGUCCAGCAACGUCCUCAAUACAGGAUUUUACAACUCCCAUGGCUUCUAUACCGUUGGAGAGGUGGCUUUGGGAGAAGACAACCCGAAAUGGGCCAAGAAUCCUGUGGUUGUUAAAGUGAUGUCCUCGCUCAAGAAUGGCUCCUCUAGCAGCAUCGAAGUCACAAACCUUCACGGACAUGCAUGGAAAGCGGCGAAGACGUGGUCAGAUGCCUUCGAAACAGAUCCUAUGUUCCAAUAUUUUCGCAACUGCCAGAAGCGAGGGUUCUUCCGAAGAGGCUUGGAUCGAGUCGCCAUGGCUGCGCUCCUCUCCUUCUACAGUAAACACCGACUAGCGUGGACUGUGAAUGAGGGUGAGGCCUUCCUCCUGGCAAUUCCGGCAGGAGCAGAAGAAAUUAAAUGCAAAGGAAUCGAAGAUAGAAUAUACCACGCCGUCCUGAACUUUUUCGCCCGUAUGCUGAACAGGCAGAGCCUAGCCAAGAAGAAGCAACGACAGAGAUAUGAUGAAUCAGAGAAAAAGUUUCAGCAAUCAUCGUCACUCUUUCUAAAGGAAGAGAACGACAUGUUCGACCUUAUGUUUCUCGCAACAGCUCCGAAUAGCCAACAUCACGGCUAUGCUAGUGCUCUCAUGCGAAAGCUCAUGAAUAUGGCCGAUGAACAUGAUAAACGCAUCUGGCUUCAGUGCAGCAAUGCGCACAACGAAGUUUUUUAUAAACGCUUUGGCUUUGAAACGGUGGGCAAAUUUACCCUCGAGGAUCAACAACAGAAGAACAAGAAGAGAUUCUACCCGUGUGGCCUUCCUAUUGAGAUAAAACUUAUGGUUCGACUGCCCUGGGGUGAAAAGCAGUUGGUGCCCGGAUUGUGA